UCACAAGGAAACUUAAUCGUUGCCUGCUCAUCGAUCUCCCUUCACGUUCAUCAUAAACGUUAACUUAUAUCAGACAAGAAAUAUGGCACUGAGACGAGCUUUGCAUUUUGUUUUCAAAGUUGGUGACAGGACCAAAACCGCUAUGUUUUACCGAGAUGUUCUGGGUAUGAAGAUUUUACGCCAUGAGGAGUUUGAAGAAGGCUGCAAAGCAACGUGUAAUGGCCCGUACGAUGGAAAAUGGAGCAAGACGAUGGUUGGCUUCGGCCCUGAGGAUGACCACUUUGUCGCUGAACUGACGUACAACUACGGGGUGGGAGAGUAUCAACUUGGCAAUGACUUCUUGGGGGUCACUGUGCAGUCGAGCCAGGCUGUGAGCAAUGCAAAACGUCUGGGAUGGCCCCUAACAGAGGUAGGCGAGGCUCUGUAUCUGACCCAGGCUCCGGGAGGGUAUCCCUUCUACCUCGUGGACAAAGAGCAGCCUCCCACUGAUCCUGUGCAGAAAGUUUGUCUCGGAGUAUCAGACCUCCAAAGAUCGAUCCACUAUUGGACUACGCUUUUAGGAAUGAAUGUGAUGGAAAACAAUGAGGAAAAGAAAACAGUGCUGAUGGGAUUUACAGACACGCAAUGUAAACUGGAGCUCCGUGAGAACAGUGGGACAAUAGAUCACGGAACAGCGUUUGGAAGAAUAGCAUUUUCCUGUCCACGGGAGCAACUGACGGACCUGGAGGCCUUAAUCAAAAAGGAAAAUCAGAAAAUUCUCACUCCGUUAGUUAGCCUGGACACUCCAGGAAAGGCCACGGUAGAAGUAGUGAUAUUGGCUGACCCAGAUGGUCAUGAAAUUUGCUUUGUGGGAGAUGAGGCUUUCAGGCAGCUGUCCACGGUGGACCCUAAUGGAAGCAAACUGCUUGAUAAGGCCGUGGCUGAAGAUAAAAGCGACGAGUGGUUUGCCAAACACAACAGACAGAAAGCUGCUGCGUGAGACGAAUCGGGCAACACCACUUUCCGUCUGUGAUAUGAGGCCCCUGUGGUGUUUUAAUGACGCCUCGAUCAACUUUAUUUGGGUAGCGCGCAAAUCAUUCUAGCCAGGAUUUGUGCCAUGACGCACAGUCACAUUGACACCACCAGUUUGUUUGAUUUUGUCCUUUCUUCCAAUGAAUAUUGCUCCUAUCAAUAAUGCAGAUAGGUGGCAGAAAGACACAUUUAGAUCAACUUACU